AUGAGCGGAUACACACACUCAGAGCCCUUCGAUGUAGGCCUACUUCCUGUGGGUGCAAUUCAUAGAAUAUACUACGAGCAAUAUGGCAGAAAGGAUGGAAAGCCAGUUAUUUUCUUGCACGGGGGUCCUGGGGGUUGCACUUCAAGAAGUAACACGACCUAUUUUGAUCCGGCCGUCUAUAGAGUGAUCCUACUCGAUCAGCGCGGCACAGGGAAAUCCGAGCCCACGACUGAGCUAAUUGAAAACACCACGCCUCACCUUGUUUCCGACAUCGACGCACUGCGUCAGCAUCUAGCAAUCUCUAAGUGGCAUCUUAUCUUCGCUUACCCGCAGUUCGUGCGGUCGAUGAUCCUGCGGGGAAUUUUUACGGCCAGCAGGUUGGAGGUUGCGUGGUCAAGAAGUUCAUUGGGCGCAGCCAACGUCUACCCAGAAGCGUGGCAUGUCUUCCAGCGCUAUCUGCCCGAGGAUGACCGUCAUGAUAUGAUUGCUGGCUAUUAUAAGCGGCUUACGUGCGAUCACCAUCCAACACGUCUAGCAGCAGCCAAAGAAUGGAAUCGGUGGGAUUUGAGCAUUGGAGAGUUGAAGGUUGACGAGGACGGCUUCAAGAAGUUAGAUGAUUAUGAAUGGUCUUGGGCGCAUGCUCUCUUGGAGGCGCAUUAUGCGGUGCAUGGCUUUUGGUUGGAGGAUAGACAGAUUUUCAAGCCGAAGAACUUGGCAAAAAUCCGACAUAUUCCUGUCACCAUCAUCCAGGGCCGAUAUGACAUGGUCUGUCCCCCGCAAACUGCUUGGGAGCUACAUCGAUGUUUGCCUAUGUCACGACUUAUUUGGAUCCCUGACGCCGGUCAUAGUGGAAGGGAGCCCGGGACCCGUCUCGAGUUACUUCGAGCAUGCGAUGAGAACGCCGGCCUGGAUUUCGAUGCCCACGACUAA